AUGGCACAAGGAAAAUCCAACGUAUGGAAAUUUUUUAAAAUAUGUAGUGAUGAUGAAAAAAAAGCAGAAUGUUCACUUUGCGAAUCGUCGCAAAAAAAAAUUAUGAGAGGAAAAACACCUAAAUUAUUCUCUACAAAACCUUUAUGGAAUCACUUAAAAAGUAAACAUCCACUGGCAAUAGAAAACAUAAAUAGAAAUACAAAUAUCGAAGCUGAUCCACCAAUUUUAAACUUAAACUCUUCAUCAUCAAUCUCACACUCAAAAUCUCAUCAGCCUACUUUACAAUCUUUAAUUAAGAAAAAAGAAAUAUGGUCUUUGGAUGAUCCAAAAGCAAUGAACAUAACCAAAAAGAUCUGCGAAACGAUGGCUCUUGAUGCUGAACCAUUCGCACUAGUUGAGCGAAAAGGCUUUCAAAAGUUAAUAAAAUAUUUGGCACCGCAGUAUCCACUACCUUGUAGAACAUAUUUUUCUGAAAAAAUUAUGCCACGUCUGUAUGAAAAUUUGAAAACAUGUAUUAAAGAAAAAUUAAUUACUGCGAUAAACAUAUCGUUCUCCACCGAUAUUUGGACUAGUCCAGUAAACAACGAGUCAUUUAUAAGCCUGACAGCUCAUUUCAUACGAAGUGAUGAUAUGCACAGAGAAAUACUUGUACUCAGCGCGAAACACUUUCCUGAUAGUCAUACUGGUUUCAAUAUCGGUCAGAUAUUAAAUGAUGUGAUGGAAGAAUGGCAUAUAAGUUCUAGUCAAAUUCAUCUAAUUUUAAGGGAUAAUGCUUGUAACAUGAUUAUAGGAACUGGAGAGAGUGUAGGAUGUUUUAUUCACACUUUACUACUCGUGAUUCACGAUUGUAUUUUUAAAAAUCGAAAUUUCGUUGAAAUUUUGGGAAAAUGUCGAAAAAUUGUUGGACAUUUUAGCCAUUCUUCACUUGCCUCCUCGAAACUCAAAAACAUACAAGAAAAUUUGAAAUUGCCAAUUCAUAAGUUAAUUCAAGAUGUUACUACACGAUGGAACUCUACAUUUUAUAUGUUGGCAAGGCUUCAUGAACAACGACAAGCGGUAACUGCAUAUGCUGCAGAGAAAGACAUACCAAGCCUUACGGCUAUGCAAUGGAAUAUGGUAGAAAACGUUAUACGUGUUCUCCAACCGUUUGAAGAAAUGACUAAAAUAGCCAGUUCAGAUUGUGAGACAAUUGGAUACGUUAUUCCGGCAAUUGUUACUCUACACUCGUAUCUUUCAAAACGACAAAAGGAUACUGGAAUAGUGAUGUUGAAAGAAGAGCUCAAAAAAGCGAUGGAAGAACGAUUUCUUAAUCCUAUAGGACUCAAUGUCAAGGAUCAAAAAUGUUUUGUACUCGCUACCGUAUUAGAUCCAAGGUUCAAAACAAAAUUUUGUCCAGACGAAAAUAAGGCCAAACAGUGGAUUAUUGAAGAAUUAUUGGAAGUGAAUAAAAGAGUCACUAAUGAUACCGAAAACAAUACGCAGAGUCAUAACGUCAGCUCUCUUCAAGAACGAGAUGUCAUAAGCGAAACACACGAGGACAUUUGGAAGUGUUUCGACGAUAUAGUAAAUAAUUCAAAAUCUGAUACUGAUAAUAGCAAUCUUGAUGAUUCAUUAAGCAAAACAUCGUUUGAGAGACAACCAAGUGACAGAAGUAAAAAGAAAACUGCUGUCUACAAUGCUGAGUUAGCAAAAUACCUCGUGUUACCAUUGUUAUCUAGAAAUGAGGAUCCUUUAAUAUGGUGGAAAACACAUGCUUUGGAAUAUCCUAAUCUCAAAACUUUGGUUAUAAAAUACUUGAGUGCUCCUCCUUCUUCUGUCAAUUCAGAAAGACUUUUUAGUGCAGGAAAGUUAGUUUAUUCUGAUAAUCGAAAUAGAUUGUCACCGCAGAAUGCUGAAAUGUUAUUGUUCAUCAUGAAAAAUUUAACUAAUAUUAAACUACAAUUUUUGAAUCAUCAUCAUGUGUCUGUCUUUGUUCUUCUUUUAAAUUAAACAAUACGAAUACCUAAAAGUCAAUAACCUUAGCUGUCAAACUAUCAAACUGUCAUACUGAAUAUUAAUCGAGAUAACCAAUCAACGUCGCGGAAAAGAGGCAACAAUACUUCGAGACUUUCGAGAUUUUUGAUAUAUUCGAGUAUCAACCUCCAUGCCCUUUUUUAAUAAGGAUUAUUAUCACUUAUGAAGCAUAUUCUUCAGGAAUUAGUACCGGAUAUUCGGCAAAUAUCCGGUAUUCGGCCGGAUAAUUAGGCUGCCGGAUAUCCGGUAUCCGGUUUUACAUCAUUGUCGGAUAUCCGAUAUCCGAUAUCCGGCAAUUUCACUAUCCGGCACAUCACUAGUAUUUAUGUAACUUGUAGAAUUAUUUACGACUAAAUUUGUGAUUUUUUUGGUUUUGGAACAAAUACAUGUCGAAUUCUUCAAUGUACUACAAGUAUAAAACUAAUCCCGUCAUCACAUUACUCAAAAUGACUCAGAUAUCGAUCAUGUAACUUCCCUAUUGAAAGGAUCCCAUAAAAUCCCAUAAAAUCUAAUUAAAAAU